AUGCGCAUCGCUCCCCUCGUCGCACUCCUUCUUCCCGGCUGCCGCGGCGGUGGCAAGGCCUCCAAGGCGCUGCUGCGGCAGUUCUGCGCGCGCGGCCUGCUCGCGGUGGACGAUAGGCGUGGCGACGCGUGCGUCGAUGCAGCGGGCACAUUCGCGGGCUGCCCGCCGGGCUGCGCGGCGACGACGCGAGGCGGCGGCGGCGCGCGCUGUGUUCACAAGAAACGUCCCUGCGUGGCGCCGGCGCGGACGGCGUGCGCGCGCGACGGCUGGUGGCUCGAGCAAAGCGACGAGGCGGCGCGCGGCGACGUGUGCCGCAAGCCCGGCGGCGGCUUCGAGUGCCCCGCCGACUGCGAAAAGCGGAACGCGACGUGCGUCGGCGGCGACAGACGGCCCUGCCGGUCGGCGGCGCGGCCGCCCCGGCGCGCGUGCGCCGAUUGCGCCGAGGCGUGGGACGCGCCGCUCACGGCGGGACCGGCGCUCGCGCGGCGCGUCGACGCGGAGUUCGUCGUGAGCCACUGCGGCUACGACCUGAGGUGGCUCGCCGACGCGAUGGCGGAGCUGCGCGCCUGCGGCGUCGACGUCCGGCGCACGACCGUCUACUCCAAGUGCGGCCGGCCGCCGCGCAACGCGCCGAACGGGUCGAUCCUCGAGACGCUGCCGAACGUCGGGCGCUGCGACCACGCCUACGCGAUGCACGCGGCGCGGCGGUACGACCGCCUCGAGCCGCUGGUCUUCUUCCUCAAGGACUCGUCGCGCUACGGGUCGCGCGCGGACUACCGCCGGCUCAACGUUGGCCUCUGCGGCGUCGCGCGCGCCGCGGCGGGGCCCGUCGGCUUUGGCUGCGGCCGCCGGCCCUACGUCGACGGCUCCGCGUACCACUGGGCGCCCGCGCUGCUCGCCUACAGCCUCAUCGAGGUCCACGCGCACGCGUGGGACCAGGCGGCGCGGCCCGCGGCGGCGUUGGACUUCUUUGGGCCGUUCCCGACGCUGGGCGCGCUCCUCGCGGCGACACCUGGCGUCCUGCGCGCUGACGAGCUCCAGCGACGCGCCGUCGUGCCCGUCUGCUACGGCGGCACGUUCGCCGCAGUGUGGAUAUCAUUGAGCGCGUAGUGACCCUUUCGCCACGACGCCAUCGACGAAGGCACCGUAAUUUUAAGUUCCGCACAGGUUUGCCGCGCGCCGGGCCUCCGUCCGCCGCCGCGCCCGCGCCGCCUACGCGGCGCUCGCGGCGCGCCUUACGCGUGGCGACAAUAUCAUGGAGGGUUCCAUGGUCGAGAGGCUCUGGGCAGCGCUCCUCGCGCCGCGGCACCCCGACCCGCACGCGCGGGCCCGGCACCUCUGCGCUGCCACGCGCCACUUCGCCCGGCCCCACGGGUAUGCCGGCAUGCUCGUCGGCUGCAGCUGCUCGGCGCCCCGGGGGGACUUGCGGACCUGCGCCGCGAGGCAUUCGCGCGUGGCGACGUAG